UUGGCGUUCGCAGAAUUAAAUGAGUUGCAUCACAAGCUCGCGGAGUGAUUUCAGGGCGUGAGUCCGCCUCACAAAGUUUGUUCUGCUGAUUUCGCUUGUUCCUCUUCUUUUUUGAAGACUUGUCUGCGACCCUCGCGUCCGAUCCGUCUACCAGGUUGUUACUGCACCACUAAAAAGAUGGGCAAAGCAGAUCAGGUUCCAUCCCAGCAGCAAGGUCCGCCUCCGCAGGCGCCACCAAGCUACUCCCAGGCCACAGGAGGAGUGCCCCCCGCAAGCCCCUUCACUCCUGGCCCUGUCCCAAGCACACACCACGCGCAGAAUGCAUUUUUUGUAGCUCACGGACCGACAAUCGUGACUACCGUGGUGCCUGUGGGUCCUCAUCCGACGCACAUGAUCUGUCCAAGCUGCCAUGCCGAAAUUGACUCAUCUACCGAGACCAAACCAGGUCUGAUUGCCUACAUUUCCGGUUUCAUCAUUGCGCUCUGUGGUUGCUGGUGCGGUUGCUGCUUGAUUCCUUGCUGCGUCGAUGAGUGCAUGGACGUGCAUCAUAAUUGCCCCAACUGCAAAGCGUAUCUUGGCAGGUUCAAGAGAUAAGCUGCAAUCUGAAGUCGUCCAAACACACAAACCAUUGGAAUUGUACUUUAUUUGCAUGUAUCUUCGGCACAACGUCGUAGUAUUGCCUCGUGUUGUCCGAACUUUUGCAAAAUGUCGAAAACAUUAAUACAUAAAUUUAAUAUGUGACUUUUGUCUCAUAGAAAUUGUUUUUAGAUCUUUGUUUACAAAAAAUGUAACAACUACUGUACUCUUUUGGUUGGUGAGAAGAUAUGAUAUACAAAUAGUUGCGUAAAAUGGUAAUAUCUUCAUACCUAAAGAGUUUGAAUGUCCGAAUUUCUUUUUAUUUACUUGAUGGUUAUUUGCAUUUUACCUUGCCUUGUGGAAUAUUUUUAAUUAUGCUGUAGCGUGCAACAAAUUAUGAGCGCCUUGAACUAAUCUAGUAAGGUUCUGAUGUCAUUUAUGGAGUGCCUGACGUAAACUUAAAAUGCAUGUUUUUAAUAUACUAUACACUAUACAUAAUUCUAUUUUGACUUUUUGUCUUUAAGAAAUAAUUUUUAUCCAAUAUAUCUGAAAAUCACAAUCAAUGUGCCUGCUUUUUAAAGCUAUAUAAUAAUUAUUUUCAAUCUUGUUGACAAAUUUAAAUAAUAAAGCAUUAUUGUUUAAGAUGAAAAAA